AUGCAGUCUCAACUGGAUCCCUUACCACGGGACCUGCCCUUUCGCAUCGUCUCCAAGACCGUCGGGCGUGGCGCCUAUGCCUCCAUCAAGAAAGCCAUCCCCCUCGACUCGCCGACGCCCGUCUUCGCCGUCAAGCUCAUCCACAAGGGCUAUGCGACCAAGCAGGGCCGCAUCUCGGCCAAGCAGCUGGCCAUGGAGGUCUCGCUCCACUCCCACAUCGGCCAGCACCCCAACGUCAUCGAGUGGUUCGCCUCGGGCGAGGACCCCGUCUGGCGCUGGAUCGCCAUGGAGUUUGCCGAGGGCGGCGACCUCUUCGACAAGAUCGAGGCCGACGUUGGCGUCCGCCAGGACAUUGCCCAGCUCUACUUCAUCCAGCUCGUCGGCGGCGUCAGCUUCAUGCACUCCAAGGGCGUCGCCCACCGCGACCUGAAGCCCGAGAACAUCCUCCUCUCGGCCGAGGGCAGCCUCAAGCUCGCCGACUUUGGCAUGGCCACCAUGUUCGAGUACAAGGGCCAGCGCAAGACCAGCUCCACCUUGUGUGGGAGCCCUCCCUACAUCGCCCCCGAGAUCCUCGCCUGCGGCAGGGCGCCCGACAGGAAAGCACCCGGUGCCAGCAAAUACUCGCCUGACCUGGCCGACCUGUGGUCCUGCGGCGUCAUCCUCUUCGUGCUGCUCGUCGGCAACACGCCCUGGGAUGAACCAUCGCCCAGCAGCUGGGAGUUUAGCGAGUACACGCGGAAUCACGGCCAUAGCACCGACGCGCUGUGGGAACGGGCACCGCCGGAGGCUCUCUCCCUAUUGCGAGGCAUGAUGUCUAUCGAUCCCGCGAAGCGAUUCAGUUUCCAACAGGUGCGCCAGCACCCUUGGUAUACUAGACACAACCCGCUCCUCACUGCCGACGGCAAGGUCUCCGACCCCAUCCACCUCGCCACACAGAUGCUCGAGAACCUUCGCGUCGACUUCAGCCAACGGCCUUCGGCUUCACAAAGACAAGCACCGAGCGUCGAUGAUAUGGAUGUCGACACCGGCUUGAAUGCCGGCAAGUUUUCAUCGACACAACCCGAGACCCCUAUAACCGACAAGGACUGGGACUGGGAGCAGCCGGUCCUCCGAUCCAUGGCCAUGCCAGCCUCCUCCCUUCCCUCGCGUGCCUCCGACGCCCGCCGCAUGGUGCUCAGCACCCUCGCAGACGAACCCUCGAUGUCGCAAUUCUCUCACACACCGGGACCGUCCAUGUCGUUGACGCAGCAGGCUCGUCGCUUCCGCGACAUCUGCCCUCCAGAGUCCCUGACGCGUUUCUUCUCCCACGUGCCUCCUACGCACCUUGUGCAGAUGCUCGGGGGCGCGUUGCAUCAGCUCAACGUGCCGCUCGGCCCCGUCUCGCCGAACCUUCACGGCAGCCCCAUCGCCCAGAUCAAGGUCAAGGCUGUCGACGGGCGCCAGCAGAGCCUGCACGGCGAGAUCAACAUCGACAAGCAGCCGCUGCCCGAUGGCACCGAGGUCCUCGACGUGCGGUUCGUAAAGAUAAAAGGAGAUCCGCUGGAGUGGCGGCGGUUCUUCAAAAAGGUGGUGGUACUGUGCAAGGAUGGCGUUUACGUCCCAGAGUCCUAG